AAUCUCUCUCUCUCUCUCUCAUCUUUCUUUCUCUCUCUACACUUAUUUGUUCUUACAUGCAUGGUUUAAAGAAUUGGAUUUUCUUGAUUUUUAGCACGAAAAGCCAUUGAUGAAGAAGGGGAACACAGGGUUCUUCAAAUCUUGAUUUUAGCAAGAAACCCCCCAUCUGUUUCUUCCAUUUUUUUUUGGUUUUUCAAAUUUUGAAAAAAACAAGAAUUGUCUGUUAGGUUGAGGCCAAAGGAGAGAAGGAGGAGGUGAGGAUUUUGGGGAGGUUAAAAACAAGAAAUUUCUGCCACUCUCUACUUACCACUAUUUCCAUCUUCUUUGUCCAUAUUUAUCACCACCUACUUUAUCUAGCUUUUUCUUGCUUGCCUGGGUUGGAUAGAUCGGAUUAUUUGUCUUUGGAUCUCUCCCUCACUACUAUAUCUCACUCACUCUUUCUUUCUUUCUUUCUUUCUUUCUUUCAGUCCUGGGUUUUCAACAAAGCUCCUAACUUUUUUCUUUGCCUGCUCAAAUCUAUGUAGCUUUGUGGUGAUAUGAUGAUGAAAGGUGUGAUGAUUCAUCAACCAAACCUGGAUAAUCAAGAAAACAUGUCUAAUGUAACUUCUGCUGCAUCUGGGGAAGCUAGUGUGUCUUCUAGCAAUGGUGGAGUUUACCCUCAUCAACAACACUACUUUGGUGGAAACACCAUAAAUCAACCUCAACCCCAACCCCAACCCCAGCAAAUCAAGAAGAAAAGGAACCAACCAGGGAACCCAGACCCAGAUUCAGAAGUGAUAGCUUUGUCACCCAAGACUCUGAUGGCAACCAACAGAUUUGUGUGUGAAAUCUGCAACAAAGGAUUCCAGAGGGACCAGAAUCUGCAGCUUCACAGGAGAGGCCACAAUCUGCCAUGGAAGUUGAAGCAGAGAAGCAGCAAAGAUGUUGUGAGGAAGAAGGUGUAUGUUUGCCCAGAAACUAACUGCGUCCACCAUGACCCAUCUAGAGCCCUGGGAGACCUCACUGGGAUUAAGAAGCAUUUCUGCAGAAAACAUGGGGAGAAGAAGUGGAAAUGUGACAAAUGUUCUAAACGCUAUGCGGUUCAGUCUGAUUGGAAGGCUCACUCUAAAACAUGUGGAACAAGAGAAUAUAGAUGCGACUGUGGAACCCUUUUUUCUAGGAGGGAUAGUUUUAUCACACACAGAGCUUUCUGUGAUGCAUUAGCAGAAGAGAGUGCCAGAGCCAUUACUGGGAAUAAUAAUAAUAAUAAUAACGCAUUUCAUCAUCAUCAUCUCAACUCUCAACCCCGUUCCUCAUCGGCGCCGCUCAGUAAUAAUAUAAGCCUCCAUUUUCAGCCGCCGCAGUUCACUGCAGACUUCUCUGCCGUCAAGAAAGAGCAGACAAACACCGCCGCCGCCGGUGGUUUCAACCUCCGCCCGGAAAUCCCGCCGUGGCUGCUGCCGGGUGGCGGCUCUCCGCACCCGCAACCGCAACCGCCUCCGCCGCCGCCGCCGAUUGACAUGACCCAUUCAAUCUUCCAAGAAUUCGGUGGGGGCGGGCUCCCGGGGUUCCAUUCGGCGGUGGGAUCUCCGCACAUCUCUGCGACGGCGCUCCUCCAGAAGGCCGCCCAGAUGGGCGCGACCAUGACCGGCUCGGGGGGACCAACAACGUUGGUGAUGUCCGGGCCCCACCUCGCUCACGUGUCGUCUGACCAGCCUGAUUUUGGUCUGAAUUUGUCGUCACGCGGCGCCGGCGGCUUACUCGAUGGCUUGGCUUCUUUCGGGGGGAAAGCUACGGUGUCCGCGGCUGCACCCUCCGCCUCCGCUGCACCUUCAGCCUCCUUUCUUCACGAUAUGAUGAACUCUUUCUCCUCCAAUAAUCCCCCCUUUGAAGACCCCCUCUUCGGCUCCUUCUUCAACAACAAGAAAGACGCCGGCGCCGGCGCCGGCGUCGUUAACGACGACAUAACCAAGGAUUUCCUGGGCUUACGACCACUCUCCCGCACCGACAUUUUCAAUAUAACCGGCGGCCUUGUUAAUUCUCCCGCCGAUCAAAGUCAAAAGACAUGGCAGCAAUCUUCUUAAACAACCUACCUGCAUAUCAUAAUAAUCAGUCUUAGAUUCUGUCUUUUUUUUUUUGUUUAUGAUCGAAAAAAUUAAACCUGGUACAUUAUAUGUCAGCAACUCGAUCAAUUUGAUUGCAUAUAUAUGCUGUCAGUCAAUGGAGUACUUCAAUAUUUAAUCCGCUUUUUUAUGUUUAUUCUUAAAUAAUCUGUAUUUUUUUUUCCUUUCAUAAUAAAGGGAUACUGAUGCAU